AUGCUGAAAAAUGGGGAGGGAGAAUGGAUAGAUGACCCCUUUGCUCUUAUGGAGCUAGUGCGCACGUACUUUAGCAACCUAUACACAGAGGAAGGAGGAGAGCUAGAAGUCUUACAGGUCGAGUUUCCCACCCUCGAUGGCUCGCUCUGGGCAGGGGUAGCGAGGGACCCGGAUGCGGAGGAAGUUAAGAGAGCGAUUCGUGCGGUGGGAGCUUUAAAAGCUCUCGGGAAAGAUGGCCUAAACCCCAUCUUCUUCCAGAAGUGCUGGGAAACUGUGGGACCAUCUCUUGUUCAGUUUAUUCUUGACUGGUGGGCCAACCCAGGGAAAAUCAGAGAAGUUAAUUCGACAAUCUUGGUGCUCAUUCUGAAGGUCCUGCAACCGAUCUUCCAUUGA